GAGAGGAAGAGAGAGACAGACACAGCAGCAAGAGAGAGAGAGAGAGAGAGAGAGAGAGAGAGAGAGGGAGAGAGACUGAAACCCCAUAAUGCACUGCAUGCUGCAGGGCUGAAGUCGUGCAGAUUCAUCAGUUCCUGUUCGGAGGGACUGUGUGUGAGCACACACACUCUCAUACACCCAGACCGAGUGCAAGAGAAACACAGGCAACCGGGCAGAGAGAAGUGCCUUCCUUCGCUGACCCCUGUGGCUGUUUGGCUCUGCUGAAGCCGCCUCUGCCUCCGUGCCUGUCCAUGUCUGCUGGAGUCGCCAGCCACAUCAGGAGCCCCGAGACUGCCAGACCCAUCCACUAAGACACCUCCCCCCCCCUCCCUCCAUCUCCUGAUCUGCCCGCCAGCCAGACCUUUCCCCAUCCAUGCCACUCAGCCCUCCUCUGUGGAAAUCAACCACUCCUCCCUCCUCUCCACACAGAGCCUGAUACUGAAGACAGACAGCUUUUAUCGGCUCCUGUGAACGGAAGAAGAUUGUCUUUUUUUCUGUCCUCUCCGCCACAGCCUUCUCCUUCACCUUUUUCUCACCCUCCUCCUACCUUCUUUCCUCUAGCCUUGCAUCUUUUCAUCAUGGGUCAGCUUGAUCGAUAACGUGCUUUGCCAUUCGUCUCAUCUGACAGUUCAGCUGAGGAGAGAGGCGGUAAACAGUGUGUGUGUGUGUUUGAGAGAGGAAACAAGGGGGAGAGAUUACAAAGCAAACCUCUGUGGCCGUCACCAGCCCAGGCCCUGGGUGACGGGCACUGAAGGACUCCUAUUGCAGCCACAAACAGACUCUUAGGAUGGGCCUCAGGUGGUAGGCGAGUCCCAGGCCUCACAGGCUUCAGCUGAGAAUCACAUACCGGGGACAAAACCUCUUAAAACUGGCUUUUUCCCAUGUCAUUGACUUAUUCUAUCUCACUGGUCCCAGUGUCAUUAGAAACAUACAGACGCACACAUAACUGCAUUUGCUGGAUAUCUGUUACUCUUAAUCGACCCCCUCUGCCUGGUUCAAAAUGGCGGUGAAUGUGACACCGAUACGGGACACAAAGUGGCUGACGUUGGAGGUUUGUCGGGAAUUCCAGAGAGGAACGUGUUCACGGCCGGACAGCGAGUGCAAGUUCGCCCACCCUGCCAAGAGCUGUCAAGUGGAAAACGGCAGAGUCAUUGCUUGUUUUGACUCACUCAAGGGCCGCUGUUCCAGGGAGAACUGCAAGUACCUGCAUCCUCCUCCCCACCUAAAGACCCAGCUGGAGAUCAAUGGAAGAAACAACCUCAUCCAGCAGAAAAACAUGGCCAUGCUGGCCCAGCAAAUGCAGCUCGCCAACGCCAUGAUGCCUGGUACACAGCUACAGCCAGUGCCCAUGUUUUCAGUCACACCCAGCCUUGCAACCAAUGCCAAUGCUGCUGCGGCAGCGGCUGCUGCAUUUAACCCCUACCUUGGUCCUGUGUCACCCGGCCUGAUGCCUGCUGACAUCCUGCCCAGUGCUCCUGUACUGGUUACCAGCAACCCCAGUGUCCCUGUACCAGCUGCUGCUGCUGCUGCUGCACAGAAACUUAUGAGAACAGACAGACUGGAGGUAUGUCGGGAAUACCAGCGGGGUAACUGUACACGUGGGGAGAACGACUGUCGCUUUGCUCACCCUGCAGAUAGCACUAUGAUUGACACCAACGACAACACCGUCACUGUGUGUAUGGACUACAUUAAAGGUCGCUGCUCUAGGGAGAAGUGCAAGUACUUUCACCCUCCAGCUCACCUGCAGGCCAAGAUAAAAGCCGCCCAACACCAAGUCAACCAGGCUGCGGCCGCUGCAGCCAUGACUCAGUCGGCUGUCAAAUCACCGAAGCGACCCCUCGACGCAACUUUUGACCUGGGGCUCCCUCCUGUCUUGCCUCCUUUACCAAAGAGACCUGCACUUGAAAAAGCCAACGGUGCCACCACUAUGUUCAAUGCUGGUGUAUUCCAGUACCAACAGGCCCUGGCCAACAUGCAGUUUCAGCAGCAGGCUGCCUUCAUACCAUCAGGCUCGAUAUUGUGCAUGACACCUGCAACAAGUGUUGUACCCAUGAUGCACGGUGCUACUCCAGCCACUGUGUCUGCAGCCACCACAUCUGCCACAAGUGUUCCCUUUGCAACCGCAACAGCCAAUCAGAUUCCAAUAAUAUCUGCAGACCAUCUGACUAGUCACAAGUAUGUGACCCAGAUGUAGGAGGAUCAGAACAACUGAACUGGAGUGUGCUGGUGUCGAGUCCAAGAUUAGCGGUCACCCUUCAUGCCUGUAACAUUGGAAGCGAAAUGGAGUCGGUUUGGAAUAAAUCUGCAUGUAAACAUAGGAGGCACAGUUUGUUUGGAUUGUUUUCACGUGUAUUUCAUACACACUAUUAUACAACAGAACAUCAUUUACAUCAGAGACUGCCUUUCGCUCUGUAGAGGCAAGUUACCUUUAUUCACCAGACACACUUUGAAUGUUAACAUGAGGUAAACAUGUGGAGCUUGAUUGGUACGUCCAUUGACCAAGAAUCAUGACUUAUUUUGUUUGUUUGUUCAUUGGUUGUUGGUCUUUGACCUAAAUGUGUUCAUUUGUUUACACAAAGGUGCACCUUGUGUUUCAGUUGAGGUAACAGAAAUUAAUAAUCUGACUCAAUCACAUAUGCAUGCAAAGAUGAUUUUGUUUUCUUUUUCUUUUUUUUUAAGCCAGUGAUAAGGGAAACUACGAGUGCACUCAGAGGCAAAAUAGCAUCUGAAUGUCUGUGAGGUGUCUUUCAAGCCUUUGUAGCCUACCUUUCUAUCUCUUAAGCACAUGUCUAUAACCUUGCAGGCAUCCCUGUAAAGUGCCAUACAUCUCAAAAUACACAAAUGGUAUUUAAACAGUGUUACAAAUUGUUCAACUCAGUAAUUCCCUUUAAUACGUCUGAAUUUUCUCUCUUGGACAGCAUGUGGCGUCCACUGUCGUAACCUCUCAUUACCUGUGAUCUCAUAGCAUCACCGUUGAUUAAAUUAUCUUCCUGAACUGUCUGCUUAAUUCACAUCUUCUACUGAAUGAUAAGUUUUCUACAUUUCUUUCCCCCUCAGACUUUGUUGUUGAUGUCACUUAUCCAGAUGGGAAAUGACUGGAUCUGUGCUGACACAGAUCUCUCUAUGAUUAUUAAAUCUAUUGACUCUAAAAGUCAGAUGAGUACGAAGAAGAAGUCUUGGUCUGCGUCAGAGACAAAAGACUCUCCCGGUGACGAAAUAAGGAUAGUUGUGGAACAGUGAGGCAUUUAGGUGGUAUGCAAACUGCUGUGACACAAAAGUAAAAAUGCAACAAGUGAUAGAUGUGUGAUUUGUAUGACCUGAUUUGUUUUUCAUUUGUAUGGUUAUUGAUAUUUUAAGGCAGGUUGUCAAAAUAGAUUGAGUGUAGUGUAUAUAGUCAGACAUAUUUAAGAAUAUUUGUUUAAUACGUCUACCUGAGAACUGUUUUCAGAUAGUCAGCCAAAGUCUUUUUGUGUCACUGUUAUUAGAUAUAUUGUCGGUAGACUAGUGGGGCUAAAGUUGAAAAAUGUUUGGGUGGAUUAAGCGAGCCCGAAGACAGAUCGGAUGUUUAGAGUAGAUCUCUAGAAAUCUUUGUUUUUGUUGUGUUCUGGGUGUUCUUCAGGCAUAUUUAAUUGGUGGAUAGUACAGGGAAAGUGGCAAGAAUAAAACGAUUGUAUUACUCAUCCAAAGCCUUAGAAUGUACCAUCGGGUCAGCACAAUGCAACACGCCAUUUUGAACCAUCCAGUUGCCUAAUCCACGCCAUAAUAACACACACAGAGCACUAUGUAAUUGUCACUUUUUUGUCCGUGUUUUUUCUUAACUUUCUGGUAGUUUUCUUUAGAUGAGGAGUGUUUUACUUUAUUUUGUUUGGAUGACAUUUUGAUAUUUAGUUCUGAUUUUUAGUUUUUGCCUAUUAUAUUUAUCUUUCUUAUAAUGAAUAUAAGGUAAAGUGUGUGUUUGUGUGUUCAUCAUGCACAGUUUCCUGAAAUUCCAUGUAAUGUUAAUUUUAGUAUGAUUAUGAUUGUAAACUCAAUAUUUUCUACGUUAUGCAUAUUGUUGAACUGUAUGCAUAUUGUUCAUUUCUCUAGUCUUUUGUGUUCUUUGAACAAAGAUGUUUUAUAUGAGUAUCUAACAGUGAUGAAAUAAUAGAACAGAGAGGCUAAGUUGUCACUGUGGCAACGGUCGCCGUUAACCGAGUAAUAUUUUAAUGAUUGUAAGGUUUGUAACUAGUCAUAUAAGAAAAAAAAGACUAUUAUAAAAAUCUAGUUCUUAGAUGUUUAGAGUAAAGAUGUUAUUUUCUACUGUAUCCAUUUCAAAUAGUAACUAUUGUUUUAAUAUUUUUACUCUCCCUGGAAAUUGGGCCAUGUUGGAAAACAAGCUGCAUAUUUGAUCACUUUUCGGGGGCGUUGUUGAUGGGGUCAGGUGAACGUGGUGAGUCGGGGACAGAGUCUGCGCACUCAUCUCUUACUCAGCCAACUGCAAACAACAAGGGUGGGGGGAAUCUCAAGGUGAUAAAGGUGAUAAAGGUGGACUUUUUUGCACUUCUGUACAUAGUCAAAAAAGAGAGAAUCAUGUAUAUUGAGAUCUUAUUUUGAAUAAAAAAAAAAUAAUGUCUAUAAUGACACGGAAUUUUGCUAGGAUAACAAAAAAAAUCUUAUGAAAGGCUGAACAAAAAUGCUUGCAUCAAAGGGCACUGAGUUCUCACUCUCCUACCCCUUUCAGAAAAGGCCAAGUGUUGCUCUUCUUUUUUGUCAGCAGCUUGUAGUUUGCCAGGUAACCUUCCGGAGGAGGCGUCCACUACCCUCCAGCGUGAGGGCCUGACUGGGUUUGUCUGGUCCCCUAACCUGCCUGUACUGACAGGUGUGUGUGUCAUGGCCACGCCCUCCCAGGCCCAACCAAUCACAACCCGUCCUGUCUCUUUACUUUAUCCAGAGAGGAAUGCAUGUUAAAGGAAAUACAUAUACCGUUAAAAAAUCACGACACAGUAAUACUGAAUAAGAAAACAUGUUACACAGAAAGAUGUAUUUACAGUAUACAAUAUUCUAUCAAUGUAAUGGAAUAAAAUAUAUAUAAAAAAUAAAAAAAUAGAAUAGUGGUUUAUUUAAAAAAAAAAAAAAAAAAUUCCUGAGAAUAUACUCACAAAGGUCUCACCACUUGGAGAGUUAAAAUACAUGCAACACAAACACCAUAGCUAUAAGUAUGUUCUUUAUGUUGGUAAGCUGUGCUUCUAGUAGAUGAAACUGACCAAACAGGAAUGUAGUUCAACAUCAGGCAGAAUUUAAGAAAAAAAAAAAAAGAUAAUUUCAGAUUGUAGUUUGGUCAUUAACUCGUUAGUUUGGAAUUUU